ACCUAUCUAUCUGUCCAGUCCGCAACAGCAUCCCGUCACCCAUCGUUUGCGCCAUCUCCGCGGGGAUUUUUUCUGUGGGAUUCACCCCUUGUUUCCUUGGCCCCAUAUAGCAGCAGGUGGAUCAGGGAUCCCCGCCCCAACCUCGCCGCUAGGGGCAACUUUAGCAAGAAUCCAGAACCGGCAGGGUGGCGCCGUCUUCAGUCUCCACCACCACCACCACCAGCACCGGAGUCGCAUGAUCUUAUCCUAAUCAGUUCCGUUGCACCGUGUCAAGCGGAAGUUAAGCAGAUCCGGUUUUGUGAUCAGUGAAAACAAUGGCUGCUGCUGAAGCAAGGGCUGCUUGGCAACGUGCCGCAAACCGCUGUGUGGUUCAGGAGGACAGAAAGAGAGCCCCCAAACUAGCUUGCUGCCCAUUAACAUCUGAGCAACAACAUAAUACCAACAACGGAAACUGUUCAACUUCAGAAGACCGUUCUAUCUCCAACUUUGUGCCUUUGAGUUGUAAUUCUAUUAAUUCUAAUCUGCCACAAGAUAUCAGAUGGUGGCUUCACUUACAGCCGAAUUUCGGGAUCCAGAAGGAUCUUGCUAGUGACCAACGAUAUUUAUUCAGCAGGGAGAUUGAUGAAAAGGAAGUGGAGGGUUCAACACCGGAGUCUAAACAUGAUGAACCAUUACUUUAUGAAACUGCAAAUCCUGACAAUAGUGAUGAUGGUUUUGGGCCUCCAUUGAUGAUUUCAACGGACUAUUGGAAGGAUUACUCUGAGACAGGCUCAGAGGAGUUGAAGAUCAUUGAUGGCUAUUUUCAAGUUCCUCUCAAGUGCAGAGGAAAUCUCAGCGUCAGCGACUGUUUGUGUGACAAUGAAAAAUUCCUGGAUUUCAAAAGUUCUGGUCCUCCACCUCCGAAGAACCCACCAAAGGCUAGUUUUGUUACUGGCACCUCUUGGAAAGAAGGUGAAAAUGCUCAACCAUGGUGGCAGAUCACUGAUGAGAAUGAGCUUGCUUCAUUGGUUGCAGAAAGAGCAAUGCAGAACAUCGAGAAUUGUGAUCUGCCAAGACCUGCCCAGACAGUUCGUGUGCAUGGGACAGAAUCACAUAAGCAAGAAAAUAUGGGCGAGUAUGUAGGGUCAUCAUCUCCCACAGGUAGAGUGUCACAUUCUUAUCCUGGGCAGUUAAAAAAUAUUCAGUCCAGUUAUAGCAGCACAGAUGAGUUGGAUUUGUCUAAUGAUGGAGUUUGGCAACAACAUGAAACAAAUAAUGCAUACAGGAGUGGCCAUGCUGAACCAGAAAGCAAACAGAAGUGCUCGAAUCCGUCGGAGCGGGCCCAGCUUUUGGAAGCACUUCGUCAUUCACAAACACGUGCUAGGGAAGCCGAGAUGUCUGCCAAGGAGAUGUACAAUGAGAAAGACGACGCCAUGCAGCUAUUGCUUCGACAGGCCUCACAUCUCUUUGCGUGCAAGCAGUGGUUAAAGAUAUUGCAGCUGGAGAACAUAUGCCUCCAGCUCAAGCACAAGCACAAAGGGCAUCAGAUAGCAACCUUGAUAAAAGAACUUCCAUGGUUGGCGCUGACUGAGAAGCCCGUGCCGGAUCAAGAGAGCAAAGAUUGGACAAAGAGGAAAAGCAAGAGGCAGAAGAAGGGAGGUGGCUUCUGCGACGCCCUGUUAUUUGCAUUCGGUUUAGGUCUUGCUGGUGCGGGCUUGCUUCUUGGCUGGACUCUUGGGUGGCUCCUGCCAAUGUUGUGAGUUCUCCCUAGUUCACCUGAGAAACUCUCUUAGCUAGGCAAAUAGUACAGUAUAUUUUGAUGUGCAACAGAGUGAAAGAAUCGAACUGAUAGACACCGAAACCAGUUGACUCUGUUGUUUUGGAAGCCGUGGUGGUUAGAACGCAAGGAUGUAUAUAUAUAUAUGUAAUUAUGUGUGAUGUUGUUUCCAG